GCAGAAUGGUGUGAUUUGAUUGGCUAAAACGAGUGUCCUUCAAAGUAUCCACUCGGCUUGCGCUUCAAGCCCGCGGUUUAUGAAAUGGCACUGUUAGAAGGGACGCAAAACAAUCACAAUGAAAAAUUCUAUCCUUGAAGACGAACGUAAUUUUGAGGCCAGCGUAAGUCUGUACUAAUUUAAGGGGAAAAUUGGCCUGAGAACAAACAACUUCAAUGCGAACAGCUACUUUGUUCCGAAGACUCCGGCGUUGUUGUUUGUGGUUAGCUUUAGCAUUGAGGCUAAGCUAUUGCUAGUAGGUAGACCAACAUCCCAGGGGAAGCGUCGUUACCUUGUCAACUAAGCUCAACUGAAACCGUGGAGCCAGGAUGACGGUUACCGGGGGAUAGAGGCCCCUUAAGAGAGGAGGUGGGUUUUGUUUAGGUUUCGGCCCGUGCCUGAGCGACAUAGAUGGUGCCAACAUAAAUAGUCGUUAGUAAAACCUGCCUUUUAAGGCGGUGUAGUGCAUAGUAAAGUUGAAGGGUGGGAAAAAAAUGUCGACUAUGGCUCGAUUUCCUGACCACUAUAGUAUCAAGGAUAAAGGAGAGACUUUUUGCGGUGUGGACGAUUUCUCCUCUGAUAGUCUGGAAGACGAGUUUGACUUGAACAAGUCUUAUCCAUGCACACAGAGACCCAUCUACAGGAGUUUAUUCAAGUUGCAACGUCGUCAUUUCCCCAGUUCAUUGACAGGUAGAGAUUUUGAUGUUUUUGCUCUCAUGGCAACAAGAAACCAUCAACUCUCCAGCUUUCUUCCUGGCUCCCUGCCACACCCAUCCACUUCACCAGAAACAGAGGAGAGUCUGUUUAGUUUGCUUAUCUCAGGAGGUUUUGAUCUACCGGAAUAUCCAUCAACCCUCAAUCCAAACAAAGCCAUCCUUACUGUUUCUUCCAAAACAGGGGAGAUUUUGUCAGCAAAUGAACAGGCAAACAAGCUGUUUGAGGCUCCAUCUGUGGAACUGGUUGGAAAGAAAAUAUCUUCUUUAUUAAAAAGAACAAACCAGGUUCUUGAGGAAGCAUUAGAAGAAAAUGAUGUGCUAGCAGAUGGAACUAUUGCUGCUGUUCAUGGAAAAGUGGUGGAUGCUGUGACAUUAUCUGGUGAGGUUCCGGUAUCACUGUGUACUUACAGAGAGCCUCAAAGUGAAGACCGCUUGCUUGUGAUAACAGAAACUGUAGAGAGAGUUUCUGCUCAUUUUUCAUUUUCACAGGAUGGAAGGAUUCUAACCUGUGAUGGUGCAUUUGCUCAUCUCCAUGGGUACCUCAACCCUGAGGACUUGAAAGGAGCUGCCAUAAAGAAUCUAAUCCCCUCCUUACAAAUUCCCCUCUACAGUCACGCAUUGCCUAAAUUGCUGAGGGCUCAGCGAGUGUUCGGGGAGAGCAGGGAUGGCACAUCAGUGCCUCUCUGUGUAAAACUACAGAGCACAGUGUUGUGUGGAAAACCUCCAAGCCAGAAUGAUGAGCACUCCUCCACCAGAGACGGGCGUGAACUUUCAGAUGAUGAAUGCAACCAGUGGGGUCCUCAUCAAGACGAGAGAAAUGUCCCGAUACCUCCGAAACAGAGCAGAGACAAAUCAUCAGAUGAUAAAGUGGACGACAUCACAGCCUCUCUCAGUCCAUUACUGGAGUACUGCGGAACAGUCUGGGUGUUUGUUCCAAGAAGCAGUCUUCUCCUCCUCCAUCCUGAUGGCUCAAUCUUCAGCAUCCACAACCAUCUGGCCCUCGGUCUGUUUGGUUACAGCAAAGAGGAGCUGCUUGGAAAGAGCGUGUCUUUCCUGAUGCCUGGUUUCUAUAGAUGGAUGUCUGACGAGAACAAAAAGGCCGGGUCGCUUUGUGAAUCUCAUAUAGAAUUGCCCAAAAGUCCAACUUCCUCUAGAAUAUCAGAUCCUUCCUCACUGGUGGCUGGAGACAUGGCCAUGGUGCAACAGGCUGUCCAAGGUCAGACCUCCUCAGGGAGAGGCAGGAUCUUCACUGGAAACUGCACCAAUCUAGAGAAGCAUACCAGCGCUUUCUCAGCCUUCUCCUCUCCUGCAAUCACGUCCACACGUGUAGUUAUGGCUAAUGACACUAUAGAGCUGCUGAAGGAAGCAGCCCGGGUCGCUCCCUGCAGUGGUCUGCUCAACAGUGCAGAGAACACCCAGGCUCUCCUCAGGACGUUUACUUGGGUGGAACCUCCCGAGGACGGAUCCUGCUGCUCUGCUCCCACUGAAGUCUCCGUUCCAAACGGGGAAGGUCCGCAAAAGAGCCACACGUCAGUCAUUGUUUCUACCCAACAUGCAGCCAGCAGUGUGAGCGACACCUGUCCUGAAGUAGAGAAGGAAAAACCCUCGUGCUCCUCACAGCUUCAAGACUCCAGCUUUGAUGUCAUCUCACUGGAGAACAGAUCAGCUUCAGGCUUUAGUGAAAAAUUUUCUUCAUCCAGUUCCUUCCUGGACAUCAAUGGAGAUGCGGUUUCCAAAGCCCUCGCUGAUCUAAACCUGAGCAGUAGCAUAGAGCUGCUCAGCGGCGGCGGAUGCAGCGAUGACAACCAACUCUCCGUAAUAUCUUGCGAUACAGCCGAGCUCCUGCGGACCCCCUCCCCGUGUGUGAUCGAGUCUGACCAGGAAUCAGAGUCUGUCUGCGUUUCACACGUCGCUGCAGAAGCCAGGAACGGCGUGAGUGAGGAGCCGCGGACAGCUGCCACCGCAACUGAUAAAGGGAAGAACACGGAGAGUUGUGCGAAUGUUAGUCAGCAGUCCCUGACUGACAUCCCCGCCACAUCAACACCCAAGAAGAAGAAGAUGAGCGGACAGGUGCUGUCCUCACACACCACUAUAGUAGAUGCACAGGUGGAAGGAAGCGGAUAUCAUCGAGACGGAACAAGAGUAGAUGUUCAGUUGGAUGUGCGUAAGACCGUCCUCUCUGAUGGAAGCUUCAUGUUCUGUGUGUGGAUCAGAAGAGCCGGCCAACAGGGAACAGCAAUGCAAGCAAACCAUUCCCUGACCAACCAAUCAGGAGCCAGUUUUGGAGAGAAGAUUGGUGAGGGUGCAGCUCUGCGUUCCACCACGGAUCUGGAGAAUUCUCGAGCUUGUGAUGGUCAGUUUGAAGAAGAGUACCAGCCAGUCAAAGCUGUCGGUAAAGGAGCUUUUGGUUUCGUCUGGAAGGCAGUAAGACGCUGCGAUGGACAAGAAGUGAUCGUGAAGUUCAUUAGCAAGGCCAGGAUCGUGAGCGACUGCUGGGUAGAUGACCCCAUGCUGGGAAAGGUGAGCCAGGAGAUUGCCAUUCUGACUCGAGUGCAGCACCAUAACAUCGUCAAGGUAGUGGAGGUGUUUGAGAAUGGAAGUUACUUCCAGAUGGUGAUGGAGAAGCACGGAGAUGGAUUGGACCUUUUUGAAUUCAUAGACAUGCAACCGAGGCUGGAUGAGCCGCUGGCCAGCUACAUCUUCAGACAACUUGUUGCUGCUGUGUUCUAUCUGAGAACCAAGAACAUCAUUCACAGAGACAUAAAAGACGAGAACAUCAUCAUUGACAAAUGUUUUCACAUCCGGCUGAUAGACUUCGGCUCUGCUGCAAUACUGGUUCCCGGGAAGCUCUUCUACAAUUUCUGCGGCACGCUGGAGUACUGUUCUCCAGAAGUCCUUCAAGGACAUCCUUAUGUGGGCCCGGAGCUGGAGAUGUGGUCUCUUGGGGUUUUACUCUUCACUCUGCUGUUCAGUGAGAACCCCUUCUGUGAUGUGGGCGAGAUCUUGGAUGCCAAACUAAAACUUCCAUUCUCUGUAUCUACAGAGCUGCAUGUGGUGCUACGAGGACUGCUGCACUCCAAUCCCAAGAAGAGGAUGACUUUAGAUCAGUUGCUGUUGCAGCGUUGGAUCAGCCAGCCCAUCUCCUUAGCCGAAUACAGCUGGGCAGAGGUAGUUCCUGCAAACGAGAGCUUCUGCUCCCCACAGCCGCAGAAGCUCCCCAGUCCUGCGACAGUUAUCAAACAAGACUUGUUUUUGGAUCACGGAGAGGAGACUCUGUCCGACGAUGAAGAGGAAAGGUUGUCCAUGGUGGCUCUGGAAACGGAGCUUCAGAAGUACCUCUGUGAGGACUGAGUUUAAAGGGAGUGAAUUCCAACAUUUGCUCUCCUGCAGUCUGAAGAAACGAGAAGCAAAAGAUAAAGGGAAGCUCGCUUUAGUACAUCUGAGAAACUUGUUUUUAAGUCUUUAUAAUCCUAGAGAUGUCAUACAUCUUGAUGUUUUAUAUUUUCGUUGAAUAUUUUAAUUAAUACUAUUUUUUUAAAUUCUUUUUAAAGAUAGUUGGUGGUAAAAUAACUGAAAAUAAUCUCGUUUUUCCAUUAAAAACGGGCCCAACUCUAGACCUUUGAAAUGCUGUAUGACCCAAAGGUUUCUUAACCUUUUUUAAGCUUUUAAUUAAAAUGUGUGUGCAUAUUUAAAAUACUUUAUAUAUUUAUUUUUGCGUUAAUAAAUAUUUUACCACAA